AUGAAUUUACAAAGUUCUAAAGUUCACGAAAUUGAUACACGAAAUAGUACAGCGCUCACCGUUUUCGAUGGAUCUCGAGAAGAUGAAAGUAAAUUAGCAAAACAAUUUUGGAAUUCAGUGGUACUUAUACCACCAGUUGAAUCAACACUUGUUUGUAAAGAAAUCAAUCAACGUACACGAACUCGAACGUUGGAUGAUAGAAUAAAAAAAUCGCGAUUUUCCACUACAAUUUCAAAGAAUAAAAAUGAAAAAUCAUUGAAAGAGAAAUUUUAUGAUGAAAAAGCUGUAUAUCAACUUCAAGAAGAUGAAGCUCGACAAAUAAAAGCUUUUGAAUUACGACACCAAAAAGUAAGACAAUUAUUUUAUAAACAGGCUAAAACGAAUCGGAUUAAGAAUGAACAAUGGGCUAUUCCUCCAUCUGAUAACUAUUUAACCAAUAUUCAUCAUGAAGGAGCAAGCAUGUCUUUAGAAAAUGAACUAGACGAUACAAAAUAUGAUGAAAAUGAACGAGAAUUAGUUUUUUCUUUACCGGAUUAA